GAUCUAUGUGAACGAGCGCCAUAGCUCCGCCCCGUAUUAACCAAGGACGCUCUCUUUUCAUUGGCUGUUUGUAUCUCAUGAUGGUUAGCUAGUUUUGAGCUAGCAAUGCUAUUCGUGGAUCAAACCCGCUACUUUCGUGAGCACUAGGAUUAAAACUCAAAAUAGGAUUGGCUAAAUUGCUAACAGUUGACUGCUGUAAUCCUCACAGCAAGUGUUGAUGUGAAACACGGAAGUAUUCAAGUACAAAUGUGAUGUUUGUUUUAUUACCUUUAACGGUAGCUAGCAACAAUGGAUGCUAAUUUCUUCAAUUUGGCCAUCGCUUGCUAACUAGAAAAUAUUUGCUAGCAAGAGUGGCAAGCAACGUGGAGUAAAAAGCAAUGUUGACAAAUGAACUUGCCAACGCUAGGUGUCAAGAAGAGGAAGCAUAGACUUACUAGCCAGCUAAAUGGGGUUCUCUUACUGGGCCUUUACCUCGGAUACUGAUUUCACAGCAAUGUGAGCCAUUUUGGGAAAGACCCCUGAAUGCUGCGUCCUGUUUGAUAUGGCUCAGAUUUUAUGCACCUACCAGGUGACCCAGAAUGGGACCGCUCUGGAAAUAGAGGGGCAGGGAGGUUGGGACAAGGCAGGAGAUAAAACAGAGACAUCCCCUGUGAAUGAGAACCCAGAACCCUUUUCUUCUGAAGAGGAACAGAAGAGACUAAAUGCUUUGUCAGAUGAUGACUUUCUUUCAAAGGACAAGCUUGAUGCUUCUUGGUCCCAGAGUUGCCCCUUCACCAAGUCUCUGCAGAAGGCGGAGGCCCUGCUGAGGACUCGCUUCAACCCCAGCCUGAGGUGGCUACUGAGGCAGAAAAGUGAUGAUAUGUGGGAAUUUGAGAACCGGGAUACCUUUGUAGCGUGCCAGAACCUCACCUCUCAGUCGUCUAGCAGGCUGCAGCGGCUAGACCAGGGCAUGCUGGGUCUCAGUCCACAGUGCCAAGUGUUGCGGGGGCCACGGACAGGCCAGCUGCAGAGUUGCGUCAGGGGCCUCGCUACAGAGGGCAGUUUCUACCACCACCCUCCAGCCGCUACCCUCAGCCAGCACUAUGGGCAGCUGCAGUACCUACUGGAACAGCGGGCUCAGCUCCUUUUCCUCCAUGAGUAUGCCCGGCGCACCAGAGUCACCACUGUGUACGUUGACAAACUGACUAGCCUGCUGGAGCGGGAGCUAGGUUUGUUGAUGGACAGGAGUCGAAUCCUGGAGCGACCAAACUCUGCCUGGAGCUUUGGGAUGGGAGGCCUGUGCCAGGAACUACGUAUCCACAUGAGCCAUUGGGAUGCUCUAUGUGCCAAAGCCCAGUCUGACGUCUGGCUGAGAACUGUUCUGUUCCAGAGGACAGAGACCCUUGCUGUCAUGCGGCGGACGCUGAGAGUGCUGGGACUGCAGGCCCUGGUUCUGAUGGAACGUUGUAUCUAUACAGCCCUCUCCGCUCUGGCCUCAGCUCAGCUGGCCAGGGUGCCUAGAGAUGCCUUAGAAGACCUGCUGGCUGGGGCAGAGGUCUUUAACCAGGUACUGGAGGAGCAGAGAUUCCAGCAUAGAGGCUCGCGGUGGAGAACUCAGACCCUGCAGCUGGCUGACUGGCCUGGGCUGUCUAGUAGGCAGCCCACCCGGAGGGGUAGCCUUCCUGCACCGUUCCCAGUGGUUGAACUGAUGAGGAUACUGGCAGAGCACAGGGGGCAGAUCGCAGCAGAGCAGCUGUACCAAUGGGCUUCCCAACAGAGCUUCCUCCACUCCCAGGCCCUGCACACUGGAGCCCCAGCCCCUACGUGGGAGAAAUUAGAACUGUUAUUCCCGCUGCUUUUCCCUCUACACCCCUCAGAGCCCAGUCCUGAUGGGCUCACACUGGAGAACCUCCAUGGGCCCUCUUCAGAUGAAUCCAGGUUGGGAAAACCCUGUUCUUGGUCCUCUGAUCUCCCCUUUAUAGCCUUCAUCCGUCAGGACCGAAAGUCUCUAGAGAUUCUCUUCCAGGCCCUGGUGUCCUCCACAGACCUGAUGGCUCCACACAUCCCCAACAGACCCAGGCCGGAGUGUACCAACACCCCAGAACAUUCUCCCAGGUGCUUUGAGGGAGAGUCUUCACCCAAAGAUGAGGCCAGGCAGGAGAUAAAGAGACCCAAGUCAGUCCAGUCUGGGGCCUGUGUGGAGCUCUUUGGUCAUUACAGGACAAUGCUGUGGAGGGGGUUUGGCAAAGCCGUCAUUCAGCGCUUCCACCAGCCACCAAAGAGAGACCCUUUGGGCAGUGUUAACCAGUGGAACGACCAGAUGGUUUUCCAGCUUGUGAUGUGGCUCAACCAUGGCUGUAGAGGAGAGCUCGUCCCUGAAGAGUGUAGAGGAGUGGUUGAUGACUUCAUCUUACAGCUCCUGUCCAACACUGCUUUUAGGCACUGGGAUGAGGUGAUGUGUGCGUCACUGGGCUCAGGACUGAAAGAUAAAUGUCUUCCAGGAGUUGAGCGUGAGAACUGCAUGGUGAUGACAUGUACCAUGGAGAGACUCCUGCAGCUGUCCCCUCCACUCCUCACAGUGCUGCAGUGUCUUCAAACUUCAGCCCACCUGGUCCAAGGUGACAGUAAUGCUCGGACUAUGAGGUCCCUUCACAUAGGAUCGCUGAGCAGAGUGGUGGCAUCUGUCCGAUCCUCUACCUUCUGGGUCAUGAGAAAGGCCUACCAGUUCCUUUCCUCCUGGUCCCUCAACAAGUUCCUGCUUGUCACCCUAGGAGACCUCAAGGUUCUGAGAGCAUCAGUGGCGAGGCUACUGCAGCAUGUGGAGGCCCUGAGUGUGAAUGAAAAUCAUCUCCUCAAGCUGCUGGCUGCACAGCUUACUCAGAGUGUCACAGAUCUACAGGUAUUCUCUGAACUGGUGCUCAGAAUCUUCUCCAAGGACUGUAAGAGGAUGUCUGAGGAGAUCUUUUUGCAGACCAUGCCCUCAGCAAAGCACUGGAGAGUGAACUAUAAAACAGAGUUCCCCAGCAGCCCUAGUGAUUACGCUACUACUGCAGCUCAGAGUGUAAUAGGACAGGUACUGGAGGGGGUGCAGCCCCUGCCUGAGGAGGCUCGGAUCCCCGCCCUGACAGAGGCCAUGACAGCCUUCAUGGAGGCCUGGAUGGAGCACAUCCUCAAGCAGAAGAUCAAGUUCAGUAUCCAGGGGGCUCUACAGCUGAAGCAAGACUUUGACUUGAUCCGGAACCUGAUACGCUCUGAAGAAUACAGCCUGUCAGAGGAGAUCCACCAGAGGCUGCUCUCCCUCCGGGUCUUCCACCAGGUGGACAACGCCAUCGUGUGCCUGCUGCAGCAGCCCAUGGCCAAGCCCUACAUGCCUUCGCGGGGCUGGGAGCCCUUCAGACGCUGCUGUCCAAGUAGUGCCAAUAUGGUGGACCAAUCGUCUAGCAGUCUGAAUAAUUUUGAGAGCAUGGACCUCCAGUCUGCAUGUCAACAGGCCCUGGCCCAGGCAGAGGGCUCUAUGAGCCCUGAGCUGCUGGCCUCCACCCCGCAGGAGUCCUACCUGGCCGUGGCACAGCAAGAGUGGCUGGACCUGCGCAUACACAAUGGAAACCGCUGGAAGCUCCCUGGGCUGCAGUGCCUGACAAGGUCAGAGCCCUAACCCUCAGAUGAACGUGGUACCUUCAGGGGUUUGGAAAUUGCUCCCAAGGAUGAACCAGACUUGUGGAGGUCUACAAUUUUUUUCUGAGAUCUUGGCUGAUUUCUUUUGAUUUUCCUAUGAUGUCAAGAAAAGAGGCACUGAGUUUGAAGGUAAGCCUUGAAAUACAUCCACAGGUACACCUCCAAAUGACUCAAAUUAUGUCAAUUAGCCUAUCAGAAGCUUCUAAAGCCAUGACAUAUUUUUAUGGAAUUUUUCAAGCUGUUUAAAUGCACAGUCAGCUUAGUGUAUGUACAUUUCUGACCCACUGGAAUUGUGAUACAGUGAAUUAUAAGUGAAAUAAUCUGUCUGUAAACAAUUGUUGGAAAAAUGACUUGUCAUGCACAAAAUAGAUGUCCUAACCGACUUGCCAAAACUGUAGUUUGUUAACAAGACAUUUGUGGAGUGGUUGAAAAAUGAGUUUUAAUGACUCCAUCCUAAGUGUAUGUAAACUUCCAAAUUCAACUGUAUAUCUAAAUGUGUUUAUUGGGUUUCCACAUUUGAAAACAAGGAUGGUCCAUCUUGGGCCAUUAUGGAGCUACAGUCAAGCCUUCCAACUUCUCCUGUCUCGCUCCUGUGCUCCCCACUGCCCAUGAACCUUGGCACCCAUGUUUUGAAUUCCAUUGUCAAGAACUCCCUUAAAAUCUGGUCCCAAUUCCGGAAUCACUUUAGCCUUAAACAAGCAAGUGGCUUCUUUCCAUUGACAUCUAAUCAUCUCUUCCUAGCGUCACAGAUUGACACGGCAUUCCAGUUCUGGCAUAGGAACGGCCUGGUGUUUUCUUGUGACCUAUUUGUUGACAACACAUUCGUCUCAUUCGAUACUCUGAGGGUUGACCAUAAUAUUCCCAAUAAACACUUUUUUAGAUAUCUGCAAACUCACAGCUUUGCUAAAAAACAUUUCCCUUAAUUUCCACUCGAGCCCACUAAGUGUCUAGUCGUGAGGUGCUUAGAUCUUAAAGAUCUUAACCCGUAUCUGAAGGGCACAAUCUCCAGAUUAUACAACAUAAUAAAGAACAUUAAUCCACCUUCCUUGGCAAAUGCUAAAUCUGUGUGGGAGCAAGACAUGGGUGUUCACUACCAUUUUUUAGGUCCUUCCCCUAGACCAGAUUGCUACCACACAUCAGGCAAAUGUGAGAGCAGAAAUAGGCCUAUGAUCGUUCUCAUUCAUACGCAACCUACUGUAGCAUACUGCAGCCUACUGUAGCCUACUGAAACCUACUGAAGCCUACUGUAACCUACUGUAAGCUACUGUAGCCUACAGUAGCCUACUGUAACCUACUGUAGCCUACUGUGAUCUACUGUAACCUACUGAAGCCUACUGUAAACUACUGUAAUCUACUGCAGGGUACUGUAGCCUACUAUAGCCUACUGUAACCCACUGUAAUCUACUAUAGCCUACUAUAGCCUUCUGUAAUCUACUGUAGCCUACUGUAGUCUACUUGCAUGACCCGAAGAGCUAAAAUCACUUGUAGCAAAGUCACUUAUGUCCCUAAUCCAUGAUACACCAAUAAGAAUUCCCAUUUGAAAGUUCCCUGAUUAUAAAUGAAUAUUUAAUGUCAUAAUUAUCAUUUUUAAAUGUUUACGAUUCACAUAUGCUAGAGAUCUAUAGACAAGUGUGAUGUGUUCCCUGACCUCUAUUAUCAAAGCAAAUUACUUUAUCAAAAUUCCUCCCCUUUUUAAAAAGAUUUCUCCUAUUACAGCUGUGGUUAUUAAUACACCUGCAAAUAAAAUAUCCUAUAGCUUCCAGUCCAAAUGUCAUAUACAUCUAAAACUCCAUGGAUAGAUUUCCCCACUGUAUAUUUGGCCAAGUACUGUCUGUUAAUCCUGUUGACCAAAUAUAGGUCACCUGUGUCUGUGUCGAAGAUGUUGUUGAGUUCAAUUUAAUAUCUACUUUGACCUCUUUCAGGUAACCUCAAGAUGCUUGACUCACUACAGCUGCUUUUAAAGAAGUUCCCAGUUGUUUGUGUUCUGCAUUCCAAAUGUACUGCACUUUUGAAUGUCUCUUUGGACAUAUCUAAUAGUGUCUAAUAAUAAAGACAGCAAUGUAAAGCA